GAGAAAAAUGAUCAAAGGUCAAGGUCACAGUGACCGAAAAUAGAAUGAAAAUUUGGUUUCCGAAUGAUAACUCCGAAAGUUUAAAUCCAAAUCAAAUGAAACUUUGAUAUAUUGUUGGGUACCAGGUAAGGAAGACCCCUAAUGAUUUUGGAGAAAAAAGGUCAAAGGUCAAGGUCACAGUGACCGAAUAUAAAAUGAAAAUUUCAUAAAUAUUUGAUUUCCGGAUGAAAACUCAGAAAGUUUAAAUCCGAAUCAAAUGAUACUUGAAGAUAUUGUUAUGUACCAGGUAAGGAAGACCCCUAUUGACUUUGGAGAAAAUAGGUCAAAGGUCAAGGUCACAGUGACUGAAAAUAUAUUUAAAAUUCCAAAAGGAUUUUGGUUUCCGGAGGAUAACUAGAAAUUUUUUAAUUUGAAUCAAAUGAAACUUGGAUAUAUUGUUGGAUACCAGCAAAGCAAGGCCCCUAUUGAUUUUGGAGAACAAAGGUCAAGGUCACAGUGACCGAAUAUAGAUUGAAAACUUCAUACAAAUAUGGUUUCUGGACAGUAACUCGAAAAGUUUAAAACUGAAAUUAGUUCUUCACAAUUAUAAAUAUACCACGUCAUACCUGGCUUUACAAUGUAUCCCAUGCAACUCGGCUCAUGCACCCCUGCGUGCAUAUACUGAUUUUCUGUUUCUAAUUUGGUAAUUAAACUUAGACGAAAUGGGUUGUAACCUUUCUGGAAUCGAAGAGGGCAGCCACGAAAAGCGGGAGCUGGAGACAUAUGUGACGCCCGAGGACAUCCGAUUAGUAAAGGAAAGCUGGAAAAUCGUUGGACAAGAUUUAAACGGAGCAGGGAUGAUGAUAUUUCAUAAGUUGUUUGAAAAGAACAAAGACCUGAAGAAGCUGUUCCACAAUUUGACCAGCGUGGAGGUUGACGGGGAGGUGGUGCUGGACGAGGAAAAACUCCAGACGCAUUCCCGGAUCGUGAUGGACGGUUUGGGGGCUGCCGUGGAGAGUCUAGAGGACUCCGUUAUACUGACCAAUAUCCUGAUAGUGAUGGGGGAACGACACGCCUCCUACAAUGUCCGACCGGAAAUGGUCAGCCUUUUAUGGCCUGCCAUUCGAGACACAUUCAAAGAAAAGCUGGAGGACGAUUUCACUCCCGAUAUUGCACGCGCAUGGACACAUGUGUUUGACUAUCUAAAAGCGAGAUUUCAGGAGGGAAUUCGGAGAGGACGGAAUCAGAAAAACGAGAUAUGAGCGAGAUUUAGAAAGUGUUGACAACUUUUGACUUAUAUCCUGAUGCAGUGUUCUCUUUGAUAUACAAGGCGAGAGGACGAACCAUUCGGAAUUCAUCGACUGCGACGACAACGUUACGUCAUAUUGAUUAAACACCAUUUAUUCACGACUGGUCUAAAUUGACUUAUAGACGCCAUGUGUAUGUAUAGUCAUUAACUCAAAAUAUGUUAUAGUGAAUUAUGAAAGUUCUGUAUACUGUUGGUUUUAUUUAAUUAAUCAAUUACUUCAAUGUGACUUGACAGAUGAAACAGUAAGCGCAAUUUGUCAUACAAAUGAAACAUAUAUCUCUAUCAUCGUAAUUAAAUAUUUUUAAAAGUGGUAUGAAUUUUAUGUAAUCAAAUGUAAAUUACGCAAGAGGUAAAGAAAUUACGCGCUCUGAUAAUCAAAUAUUCACUACAUGUCCAUAUUCUAAUAAAAUUCUUCUAUAAGUUUCUCGCCUUAGUAUUAGUCCUAAGUGACACUUAACAUUUGUGAGAUCUAUAUGAUGUUCUUUUUAUGGUGUGCUUGAUUGCUGUGCAUUUCAUCAUAGGAUAUGGUAUUUUCCUGUCAUGAAUAUAUUGAUUGCUUUUGAUACUGAGUAGAAUGUGGGAAUUCUGAUCGUUAUACCGAAUAAAUCUGUUACUGAACGAUAAA